AGCAGAGAAAGAGAUGCAAAGAGCAGACAAGGUCGUAGUUCCUGUGGACUGUCUUUGAAAGUGAAGACUCGGGUUACACUCCUCCGUCAGAUGGCGUUCUGCCUGGCUGAGCUGCACUUGUGGUCCACGAAGAACUCGCUCCAAGUUAAAGAUACAGAUAUUGGCACCUAUCAGUACUACGAUAAAGGAGACCCAGCCAAUCCUCUGGAGCAUCACUACUACAAUGAGAAACUUCAGUUCUGUGAGGCUCGAGGCUAUUCAUGGACCCCCAGGAACCGCCGUCCAGAAAAGCUGCGCGACUCGCUGAAGGAGUUGGAGGAGCUGCUGCAGAGCAACACCUGCGUUCACACCAGAUGGAGGAACAAGUACUGCUGCCAGAUGAUGCUGAGCAAUGGCGUGCUGGUGACGGUCACCCUAAAAGGACCUCAAGUCGAUCAAGUGUGCAUAGACCGUAUGUUAGUGGGUCGACUACCUGCCAACACUGUGACUGAUGCGGUUCUGAGCGAUCGGCUGAUUCUGAUGUCCUUCCUGGAGCAAAGCCAAGUCGCUGCGGUGUACCUGAACAAGAAGAGCCAGGAUUCCCUGGAGACUGGCAGGCGAACAGACAAACUCUCACUUUCUGAAAUCAAGGUGACGUGUGUGGAGGUGGGCGGGCCAGGCCGGAGACUUCACAGACGUGUAGCUCUCAGCCGUCUCCAGGACGUGGCGCUCUGCUGGUGGAAGCUGGACGAGCUGAGUGAGGAGGCGUGGCCGUGGACGCCUACAGACACACAUAAAAACAAUCUCUUCUUGAUUAGCUGCUCACCUGCCGAAGGACUCAAGGUCCUUUGCUCUGUCCGGACGACAGGAAACCCCCUCGACUGCCGCUUCAGCCAGCUUCAGCACUACCAGAUGCUGACCGUGGAGUUACCUGCAGAACCUCAGGAAUUCAGAGAGGGCUGCUGCGCUGAUACCUGCGUGUAUGAAUGUGCACGAGGUCGCCUGCACCGCACAUCCAUCACCACCAUCCCACUGCCAUCUCCUCCUGUCUCCUGCGCUCGUCACCCAUCUGAGACCACUCUCCUUUUAGGCUUGAGGGACUCCUCCUUAGUCCUUUAUGACCAUAGACGGGCGGUCUCAGUCUUGGCCCCCUGCCCGGUACCACCCUCAUACAUGGCCUGGCACCCCGCUGGGGCUGUUGCCAUUAUGGUGGGGGGGCAGGAGGAAGUGAUGUGCUUUGAUGUGGGCUUGGCACCUUUGAAUGUGGCACUGGUAGCAGAAGAGGCAGCUCCAGCAACCACAUUGAGACUAACUCAGCACCUAACCUGCUCUGGAGGCCUGACUGGACUGCAUUGGGGAGCUGGUUUGGAUGGUGGCCCGGAGGGGACAGAUACGGUGACUUUAGUCUUUAAUGGAGGACCUCUAGCAGUCUUAAAAUUCAGACUAGGAGCUCUGACUGGAGGCCAGCUGGGUCAUGUGGAGCUGUUGCAGCAGAGGCUUCGUUGUGGUCAGGUCAGAGAGGCGCUGGGCAUCCUGGAGGCCAUGGACUGGAGCACCAUGGGGGACGAGAGCUGCCAAGGCCUGAGCUCUGUGACCAACCACCUGCUGAGGCUGCCGCUGAACGCAGACAGGGAAGCCCAGCUGGAAGCUGCUCUGCGGGUGUUUUACGCCCCGGCUGCCCCUCUGUCUGAUACAGUCAUACUGGAGUACAGGGAGCCAGUCAGCAAGUAUGCUCGCCGCCUUUUUCACCACCUCCUCAGGCAUGAACGUUUUGAGAAAGCUUUCCUCCUCGCUGUCGACUUGGAAGCUAGAGAUUUAUUCAUGGACCUCCAUUAUGUUGCCAGUGAUAAGGGCGAGGUGGUGCUCGCCGACGUGGCCAAGAGGAAAGCUAAUGAAAUCGAAGCCCGGGCCAUCGCAGGCGACGAUGAUCCUCAGAGAGGCACCAGCUUCAGUCACAGAGAAGCAGAGGGAAUCAUGAGGGCAACCGGGCCUUCCUCCUCAGACAACAUCACAACACUACCGGAUGGACGAGGCACACGGAGGAGACCACAGACCCAGUCCAUCCAUGUGACCGUCAGUCCAGAUCUGCUGCAAACUCUCAGACAGACAGGAAGCCGCGGAGACGACACAGAAGGAGAGAACGAUGAUCAGGACCCCGGGAUGCUCCAUGUAGUUCAUUUGGGAAUGGUAUAAAAAAAUUAGGCAAUUAGUUUAUUCCUUGUCGUCAAGACAAGACCUCAGUAAUUACAAACCUAAUGGAUAUUUUCUAUUUGCAAAGGAUACUUACCUGGAAUAUUAUCGCUUUAAUUAUAAAAAGCUGAAUCUCCACAAUUAAACAAUAUUCAGGGAAUCAGAUUAUAUCAGAUUUUUCCAAAAGGAAUUCAAGUGAUAUUCUAAGUGAACGAUGAACCAAAAGGAAACAGUUUUUCUACUGUAAUCACAUCAAAACCUGCCAUUAACCCGCCUGAAUCAAAUAAAGACUUUUUGUCUUCAUA